ACCUAUGAAGAGUUACGUUUUAACAAUUUUGCUUCCACUGUGCGCCAGAAAACUAAAAGUUUUUGCUGAAAACGCAAAAUUAGAUACUUAUUACGUGGUUCAGUUGAAAUAUUUAUGCAAAAUGACCAUUUUAUGUUAGUGAAAUGGGGGACGAAAGUAAGGAAGAACGACAGGACAACGAAUACGCCGCGUUGGAGUCCAUAUUCGGUGAUGCGGUGUCCGACAACCGAGCGCAGAAUGCCUGGAAGGUAUGGCGGCCACUGGACCUGAUGCUGACGCUCCAUCCGUUACACAAUUCCGAUGUGCAGGGUGUCCAUUGCUCUGUUACGUUACAUAUAGCAUGCUGCCCAAUCUAUCCGGAUAAGCCACCGGACCUGAAGAUCCACAAAAUGCACGGUCUGUCUACGGAGAAUGCUAUCAAACUCCUGGAUGAGCUGAAUGCUUUAGCACAACAGUUGUGUGGGGAAGUCAUGAUAUUUGAACUGGCUCAGCAUGCACAGCAAUUUCUACAUGACCAUAAUAAGCCUACCCUAUCUUUCUACGACGAAAUGUUGAAACAGAAGACGGAGAUGGAACAACUUAAGUUACAUGACAUGCAAGUGAAGGAAGAUGAAGAGAGGAAAAAAAUAAAAGAUGAAAUACAGCGACGGGAAGAGAUCCUUAAAGCUGCAGGGAGACAAAGGAUACACAGAUCUAGUGCGAGUCAAGAAAACAGCACUGAUGGGCAUGAGGCUCCAGAGUUGGUCUACUAUGCAGACAACAAAGCGACCCCGAUAAAGAUGUGUCGCAGUGGAAGUGUUAACGUGGCUUGUACUUGCAACAUCAAGUCCGCGCAAGUGGUGCGAGUGACGCAACGGAACAACAAGAAGGUUUACGUUGGGAACUGUUUAGGUCACUCAUCCAAUGGCUCAACAACGUACCUAGCAAUAGACGACGAGACAGGCGAACGGCUGAUCACCAAAAAAUGGCUCCUCCCUCCCGCCACAGACUUCCAAACUCGAAGUAGACAACUCAACUCUCUCCAACAAGACUUAAAAAACAUGUGCCGUAUAACUAAAUCAAGUUUAUUACCGUACACUGCAAUGGAAAUGUCGAAAGAAACAACCAAACGAACAGUCAACAUUUCAAUUUACAUCUUCAGAGAUUUCGUCUUAGGAACAUCUUUGAACUACUUAAGAACUAAACUAAAAGUGUACAAAGACAAAUAUGAAGCUUUAAAACUAUUAAGACAUGUAGGGUUAGGUGUGUUUAGUGCGUUAACAGUGUUACAUGAAGUUGGUGUUGUGCAUAAAGAUGUGCGGAGUGAAAAUGUGUUUUUGGAUGACAGCGGGGGUGUGAAGCUGGUUGGAGCGAGCUUGGAUAUGAGGUUGUCGGAGAUGAUGUCCGGAGAAGAUUAUUGUGAUAGGCAGACCAAAGCUCAGGAUAUCUACGCGUCGGCACUGAUGCUUUUAUCAAUAGUGUCACAAGGCAGUGCUGAGCUGGAAGUACCUUCAGACCUGCCUAGUUCUGCAAAGGAUUUCCUGUCGAGGUGUUUAACAGAAGAGGAGCAUUCUCAAUGGUCAGCCGAGCAACUAGUCAACCACGGGUUCUUAGUUGACACACCAGUCAUUCAGCCUAGUACUAAUCACACAGACGACGUUGGCAGCGGGUCUGAGGAUGAAGAUCCAGUGAAGCGGAUACAGCGGACUAGUCUACAAAUGAAUGGGCAUUCACGGCUCAACGCAGAGUUCGAGGUUCUAACCUGGCUUGGCAAAGGCGCCUUCGGUGAUGUACUGAAGGUGAAGAAUAAACUCGAUGGCGGAUUGUACGCCAUCAAACGCAUCCAACUGAACCCUGAAAACGUAAAUUUAAACAAGAAAAUAACUCGAGAAGUGAAACUUUUAUCUCGUUUGAAUCACGAGAAUGUUGUCAGAUACUACAAUGCUUGGAUAGAAUCUAGUGUUGAAGUGUCAGAGUGUCCUAAGUGUCCUAGUGAAGAAAAAACCCCUACUAGAAAACGACCAGGACAAAGCCUCGAAGGAAUAGUGGCUAAGUUAGGGCAAGAAGUCAAGGUGGAGUGGUCCAUGUCGGAAGGCAUCGUUCAAAAAUGCGAGGACAGCGAAGAUGAAGACCCCUGGUUCAAUGGCAGCGAAUCAAGUGACGACAUAGAAUUCGAAGACCUUUCAAACAAAUCGGAGACGAUUCCCUCAGAAAUUACAUCUGACGCCCCGACCCGCCCGCCGUCCGAACGGCUCAAACAAGUCUUGUACAUACAGAUGGAAUUCUGUGAGAAGAACACGCUGAGACAUGCCAUAGAUAAUGGGUUGUUUAAAGAGACUUAUAGGGCGUGGAGGCUUUUUCGGGAAAUUGUGGAAGGGUUGGCCCACGUUCAUCAAAGAGGCAUGAUCCACAGAGAUUUGAAGCCGGUGAACAUUUUCUUGGACUCCAACGACCACGUGAAAAUCGGAGACUUCGGUCUGGCCACCAAAGCUUUUAGUGGGAUGCUGGUUGAUGAAAGAAGUAAGCAGGAAGAAAUAAGCGGCUCUCUUACUGGGCAGGUCGGCACAGCUCUCUACGUGGCCCCAGAACUCCUCCAAUCAGCCAGCAAAGUGAUAUACAACCAGAAAGUGGACAUAUACUCGCUCGGUAUAAUCCUGUUCGAGAUGUUCCACCCGCCGCUAAGUACGGGCAUGGAACGAAUGGUUGUGCUGACCAAUUUGAGGACUAAGGAUGUAGUCAUGCCAGAGGGAUUUGAGUGUGAGGAUAAUGAGAAACAGAUUAUUGUUAUAAGGUGGCUACUAAACCACGACGCUAGCGUCCGUCCAACUUGCGCUGAACUUCUCUCCAGUUCGCAUGUGCCCCGACCGGUAGCAGAAGGCGCGUUAUCAGGACUACUAUCACACACGUUAAGUUCCAGAGGGUCCCGUGGCUACCAGCGACUGAUCGGUGCGUGCCUACAGCAAGCACCUUCGACUGCUGAAGAUAUUACUUACCAUAACGGAAUGAGGAGAGUUCAGCUACGGUGGUUGACGGAUCGCGUGGCACAGAUAUUCAGAAGUCACGGCGCGGUGGAGUUUUCACCACCUUUCUGACUCCUCGAGUUGAAAGCUUGGGAUGCUUACCCCAACGCGGUCAAAGUCAUGACCGCUUCUGGCACCGUUUGCCAUCUACCACAUGAUCUGAGACUGCCUUUUGCUAGACACGUGGCAUACUCCGGUUCGAAGUACAUGCGUCGCUACGUCAUAGAUCGGGUGUUUAGAGAGAAACACGUGCCAGGUUUCCAUCCGAGGGAGAUCAUUGAGUGCGCGUUUGACAUAUACAACCCUAAGUCAGACACUCUCUGGCCGGACGCCGAAUUGCUAGUAGUCGCAUAUCGGGCAGCAUCUGAAAGUGGUCUAAAAGUGACCAUACACCUGAAUCAUACAGAGCUUUUAAAAGCAUUGCUUUUGUCAUGUGGAGUACCUUUGGAUAAACAUGCUGAUAUAUACCCUAUACUCGUCGAUGUUACUUUUGGUCGCAUAACCAGCCUGCAACUGCAAACCCACCUCACCUCUCUCUGCAUAACGAACCGCGACGUAUCCAACCUCCUAGGUCUCAUGGAAGCAGAUAUACCAGUGUACGAAGUAAAGGAGCUGGUCACACGCUUCGUGAAGCAAGCCAAGUGGGCGAAGCUGGUGGGCCAAGCUGUGGCCGAGCUUGAGGCGGGCUAUAGGAACGCUAAGGCGCUAGGGUGCGAGUGCCCCAUAACCGUGGCGCCAUUCUUGGCGUACAACGCCACACAGCAUAGUGGCGUGUUCUGGCAAAUGUCCAUCGCUCGCGACGAACGCCAUACUAAGCGUAGAGCUGGGGACCUAAGCAGCUGAAGGUAUGGAUUUUCCGACAGAUACGACGCCCUAGUAGAAGAGUUUCGCAAGAUAGCCCGCACUAAAGACAUUGACAGCGCGAAACAGAAAAGCUCCUGUGUUGGAUUCUCCAUGUCUUUAGAAAGAAUGGCAACUAUAGUCAAGAAAAUGGAGACGGAUACACCUCAUGCUGUACCUAGCGAGCCAACCCUCAUCUGUGUAAACGUCCACGGCACGGCGGGCAACGGUCGCGACGGCCUCGCGGCCUCCCAACGGGCCAACCUCGCCCGGGACCUGUGGGCCUCCGGGCUGAAAUGCUGUCCUUGCCCUAACACUGUGGAUAGGGAGAACAGUGGGGCUGGCAUGGUGUUGGAGCAUGAAGAUUCUGGGGUUAAAGCAGCCUGGUACAGCGGAGAUAGGGUUUUGGAGUUCAAAGUGCCAUACAUCGACGCUGUAGAUUUCGUCAAACAAAAAUUGAAUCCGGAGACAGUGAGGACACCUGAAAGUUCAAAUACACGGCUAACAUACCAGAACUGGAACGACGUAGAAAAAUCCAGCCCCAAUAUUUCUGUCACAUUUAUCACCGCCAGCGAGAAAAUGACCAAGAACUCAAAGAGAUACUGCGAAAACUCAAUCAACACCCAGCUGACAUCUACCCUAGUAAACCUAGGCCUACAACCGUUGCUGAGCCGCGUGCGGUGCGCGUGCGUUGCGUUAGCGUGCGACGAAGCUUGCGUGCGCGCGUUGGCCGCGCGACUCGCCGCGCCGCUUCGCGCGCAAGAUGUACAGAAUGCCAUCUCUCACGUGAUUACUGAGUACCCAAAACGGCAGAAGAUUCUCGAAGAAGCACAAGAGGAAUUAAUAAACAUUAGUAAACAGAACAGUCAGAGCCGAUCGUCAGACGAAACGCAACUGUACGCAUUAUAUUCCAUACCUGACUCCUUGUGUAGGCUUAUUACUUGAAAAUUCAUCUAAUUUAUUAUUUUACUAGGGUUCUGUACCUCAAAAUGGAAAAAACGGAACCCUUAUAGGAUCACUCGUGCGUCUGUUUGUCUGUAGCAGCCAAUUUUCUCUGAAAAUACUUAACCGAUUAACUUGAAAUUUGAUACUUAUGUAGACCUGUGACCCAAAGACGGACAUGAUUAUAAUAUGUGUCCCACUGCUGGGAAAAGGCCUCCCCCUGCUUCCAUUCUUCCAGAUCUUAAGCUACAACUGGCCAAUCUGUCAAAAAGAAGUCUAAGUUAUCCCGCCAUCGCCGGUGAGGUCUACCGGAUCCUUUUUAUUUUAAUUUAAUUUUAUAUGCAUCAAACACUCUCAAAUAAAAGAAAUAUGUUUUUGAAAUAUUCGCUUUUCUCGACUUAGGUCUCGGUAUCUCAAUUGGUAACUAAUUUCGAGAGUUUAAGCCUCGCCCGAGACAGUGAACUUUAUUUCUAAGAAAACUGUCUCAUUUGUUGCCCUCACUCCAGCAGAAGAUAUUUUUAA